CAGAUAAAAUGCAUAUGUUUUAUACGAGCCUGUGGAAGAAUAUUAUUUGUACGUUAAACGGGGAGUUAUUCGUAAGUGAGAUAUCAAAAUAUUUACUUAACUUUUUUGUUAACAGUGGAUUAAAACAAUAGUUAAAGCCUUAAGAAAAAAAGAAGCUGAUUGUUGGUUAUUUAAUUUCAUAGGUAGGUUUUUAAUAUAUCGUGACUUUUGUUAAAUAAAGAUGGGAAAGAAAAACAAAAAAAUAAAAAAGGAUGUAUUUUCUGCAUUUUGUGACAAACAUCCUAAGCAUCCUAUAGAAAUGUUUUGUGUGGAUUGUGACAAAGUUGUCUGUGUAAUUUGCCAAGCUACAGAACAUAAAAGUAGAGCUCAUACGAAGAUACUUACAAUCGAAGAAGCAUCUACUGACUGCGCUAAAACUAAGGAGUUUUUAGAGUAUGAAGACAAACUUAAUACAGUUUUCACACGUGAAACUAAAACAUUGGCAGAUAAUGACAAAGUUCUCACAAUAACGGAUCAAUUAAAAGAAGAAGCAGAAUCUUUGAUUAAGAAGCAUAAACAGGUCAUGAUUGAUCUGAUUGAAAAACAUUACAAGAUGUUAUCUAAGAGGAAUCGGCUCAAGUACGAAGAAUCAAAGAAAAGAUUACUGAGUGUGAAUGAGCAAUUGUGUAAGAAUGAGAAUAAAACUUCAGAGAUUCGUCAAGAAAUCAAUGCAAAAAAAGAGAGUGGACAAAGCGUGGCAUUGUUUAUAGCUAUGAAAAAAUCUCAAGAUAAUGUACGGCAAAUUGAAAUUGAGUUAGAAGAAAUUGAAAAACUAAAUUUUGUUGAAAGGUAUGAGUUUCAAGCAGGACACAUGGUGCUACAGCUUUUGGAGGAAGAGAAAGAAUUUGGUGAUUUAUUGGUAACGGCGUCCACGUCUCCAAAAGGUAUUGGAAUCUAUGUGAUCAUAGUUAUUACUAAAAUGAAUCAAAUCGUCUGUAUGAAUAUUCUUCCACCCAUUUCAAAGAACAGAAAAAAAUCCCGAUAUAUCAGAGAUCCAAUAUGUUAUGUAGAAAGAAAACAUUUUUAA